AUGUCUUCAGGCCUCAUGGACACAGAGAAGGGUGUUACUCACAACACCGACCCCAGGUACGAAGGGAAAAACACCGAGCUCACACCGCACUCCAAAUCGACGGGCCAGCUCGGUCAGGCUUCCGACAAGACCACCCUCGACCCUUCGAAGACCGCCGAAGGCGCACAGCAGCAGGCAGAGCGUGGGGAGAAGACAGCAGAGAAUAUACGCUACGGGCAGACGAUCAGUGAGGGUGGUAUGGGCGGACAGACGAGCGUUCAGCAGGGUGAGGCGGAGAAGGAGGGAUAUGGGAGGUUAGGGGACAAGGCGGAGGAGGGGGAUGCGAAGCAGGAGAGGCGGGAGCAGGGGUAUGGUGGGGAGAAGGAUAUGGAUCGGGAGAUUGGUGCGUGA